AUGACGACCAUCAAGAGUUUUGAUAAGAACUCGCGGCAGACCGGCUCGGCUGAGGUCGCCAAACCGCACGUCGAGAAUGUCGAGCAUUCUUAUCCUGCCGAGAUGGACCCUGCGACUGGCAAGGAAGCUGCCCCCUUGAUGCGCUCCAAGGAGGACGACCUCACAGUUUGGCAGUCGGUGCGACGAUACCGGAUGGUCGCCGUGAUUGCUAUGGCUGCAGCAUUCAGCGCUUCGCUGGAUGGUUAUCAAAUCAACCUCAAUGGAGGCAUCGUUUCCAAUAAAGGCUUCAUCCGACAAAUGGCCACGUCCGGUACGACCAUCAUCGCGGGCAAAUACAUCUCGGCCUGGGGUGGAAUCCAAUCGACUGGCCAGACAAUCGGUCAGAUUCUCCUCCAAUAUGCGACCGAGGCGUUUGGGCGAAAGCCAGCUCUGUAUAUCAUCUGGCUCACAUUCGUGGUGGUGAGCGAAUACUGGCGUUCUGCGAUUGAAGUCUCUCUGACAGUCAAACAGAGCGUUCUGAUAGAAUCAUUCGCCAGUAAAUGGGACCACUGGCUUGUCGCAAAGCUGUUCUCGGGCAUGGGUGUCGGUAUGCUCCAAUGCACGAUGCCACUGUAUCUGUCUGAGAUUGCUCCGACGCAACUCAGAGGAUUCUUCAUCAACGCCUGGUUCGUGGUCGGCCAAUUGUUCGCCUCGGUGGCUUUGAAUAGGCUGAGCGCCACGGAUCCAUAUGAUUUUCGAACCCCCAUCUACACUCAAUGGGCUAUGAUAGGCGCCGCAGGGGUCAUUUUCGUCCUGGUCCCCGAGACCCCCUGGUGGCUCGUCAGCAAAGGCAAGAUGCAGAAAGCAGAGAGGGUCCUAAAGACAUGCAACGGUAGUGUGCCAGGCUAUGAUAUCCAGGACCAACUUAACGUGAUGACUUCGACCGUGGCUCACGAGCGAAUCGUCGCCGAACGCAACAAGGAGCAAGGCAUGUGGGCCGUUUUCAAAGGGCGAAACUUGAUCCGGUUUAUCAUUGCCGGAUGGCCAAAGAUCACGCAGCAGUUUGUCGGGUUGACCGUGUUCAAUACCUAUGCUACCUACUUCUGUAAGGAUGUUCCCUAUGCUCGUGCUUCGCAAGCUGAUCUUUCAGUCCAAUACGCUGGGAACAAGAAUCCGUUCCUGGUGACCGUCAUCCUUUCCUGUGUCCAGCUUCUUUCCAUGCUCGCCACAGCCGCCUUGACCGAUCAAGUCGGUCGUCGUCCGUUGACGGUUUAUCCCUAUGGCGUAACUGUUCUCUCGGUGCUGUGUCUGGGCAUCGUUGGCUGCUUCGACUACAAGACGCCAGCACUCAGUUCUCUGUUGGUUCGCUUGAAACGCCCUCUCUCACUUCAUAUGUUAUUCCAGAAAUCUGAUGAGAUAAAGAUCUUCUUUGCCUGUCUAGCCACCUUCUCCACGACUGGUGCGUCUGCCAUCGGAUACGCCUACGCAGCGGAGAUCCCUCAGCAACGGCUCCGCGCCCAGACAGCCGCCUGGUCUCUGGCUUCGUCGAAUAUGAUUAGCAUCAUGUUUAGCUUCUGUACCCCUUUGAUGAUCAAUCAGCCACCGACCAAGUGGGGCCCAAAGACAGGCUUUUUCUUUGCUGGUACUGGUACCGUAGCCGUGGUAAUUGCCUGGUUUAUCCUUCCCGAGGUAACGCGUCGUACACCGGGUGAAAUCGAUGAAUUAUUUGAGAAGAGGGUCAACCUGCGCAAGUUCAAGAACUAUGUCACUCAUGCACGAAUUACUGCGGAUGAGCACCACAGGCAAAUGGAGUUGGCCUGA